AUGUCGUUCGCAAACAAAGAAGACCCUUCAACUUUAGUCUUAUUCGAUGUUGAUGGUACAUUGACACCAGCAAGAUUAACCAUUUCUGAUGAGAUGAAGAAAACUUUAGAAAAAUUAAGAUCCAAAGUUGUCAUUGGUUUUGUUGGUGGUUCUGAUUUGUCAAAACAAGUUGAACAGUUGGGUCCUAAUGUCUUGCAAGAUUUCGACUAUUGUUUUAGUGAAAACGGGUUGACCGCUUACAAAUUGGGUAAACAGUUGGCCUCGCAAUCGUUUAUCAAUUGGCUCGGUGAAGACAAGUACAACAAAUUAGCAAAAUUCAUCUUGAGACACUUAUCGGAGAUUGAUAUCCCCGUAAGAAGAGGUACUUUUAUUGAAUUUAGAAACGGUAUGAUCAAUGUCUCACCCAUUGGUAGAAAUGCCUCAACUCAAGAGAGAAACGAUUUCGAGGCUCUUGAUAAAAUUCAUCAAUUUAGACAAAAAUUGGUAGAUGAAUUGAGGGAGAAUUUCAAGGACUUUGGAUUGACGUAUUCUAUUGGUGGACAAAUCUCGUUUGAUGUGUUCCCAACCGGAUGGGAUAAAACAUACUGUUUACAGCAUGUUGCUGAUGAAAACUUUAAACAAAUUCAUUUCUUUGGUGAUAAGGCUUAUAAAGGUGGUAAUGAUUAUGAGAUUUACGAAGAUCCAAGAACCAUUGGACACGCUGUCAAAUCUCCUGAAGAUACCAUCAGAAUUUUGAACGAUAUUUUUAAAUUAGAGUAG